UCUUUUAUUUUGGGGGGCCAUCAAAUGAUGUUGCCGUGCAAAAGGUAUAAAUUUAGAUACAAAUCGGAAGAUGGAAUCAGUUCAACAAAUUCAUCAAUUUACGACGCAUAUUAGCAGGAUGAAAGCUUUUGGACUAAUCUUGGCCACCCUGGGCUUUGUUGCCUUAGCGCAAGCCACCCAUCUCGAUUAUCCCCUGAAAUGUCAUUCCCAAGAAAUGGGUCUGCGCUGGCCCAACUACAAGGAUAAAUCUGAAUAUUUUGUCUGCAAUCGCGUGGGUGGUAAACCCGUGGUGAUCAGCUGCAAUCCUGGCGAAGUAUUCACCUUUGUCUUGCAAUCUUGUACCAGACCCAAUCGUUAUAUCCCCGCUCCGCCAGUAUAUCGCCUGCCAUUGGCUUCCAAACUGGCUGACAAUCAGAAGGAACACACCAGCGAAGGUCAUCCACCACUCGAAACCCAUGAAAAACCAAUGCCCAUUGUUCCACCAACAUUGGCUGCCGUUGCUGCACCCCAACCUCCCGUUGCCGAACUGGCCAAACCCGUUGAAACGGUAGCCGUGGAUACUGUCGCCGCUGAAGCUCAGGCCCACAAAGACAAAGAACAUCCCGUCGAUGUUCCUUUGCCACCAACACCCAAACCCACACCACCCGUUGUUGUAGCUGAGGACAACAAACAUGUUCCACAUGGCAAGAAACCUUCGGCCGACAAGAAGAAGCCCAGCGCCAAGAAGAGCAAAAACGAGAAGAAGAAGAAAACUGCCUCCAAGGACAAAAAGGGCGACAAGAAAACUGGCAAGAAGCCCGCCAAGAAAGACGAAAAAACCAAGAAGACCAAAACUGAGUCUAAGAAAAAGGAGAAGACCCCCAAAGCCUAGGGAAAUUUAAAGUUGGAAUAACAACAAAUUCAAAAACUAUCCGUUUAUUCUAAUUCUAAUUCGAUACCGAUAUGAAUUCUUUGCGAAAGAAUAGCUAUAGUCCAUACGAACAUUUUGUAAUAAAAUGAAUACAAGCGGAGAUACAUAACAGCAUAAUAAAUUUAUUUCUAAAUA